AUGUCUUGGAAUGUGCUUCGAGAGCCUAUCACCAGAUGCGGCCAGCAUCGAUACUGGGAGACAUAUCGAAAUGAGCUGCUGCUCAACCCUGAUGGAGGCUCAGAAACACCUGGACCUAGUCCUUCUAUCAAGGCAGAGUUUGUGAGGUCUGAUGCAACAACUGAUCCGCUCGAUCAUGACCAAGUCAUGUCGGAUGAUAGGCAAGUGGAUUCUACUCCAGAAUCAGCUAAUCUCACAGCAUCACUUAUUAGAAACUACGUUGUCAAUAUCCACAGCAAGUCACCAAUCUUGGACCUUGACUUCUUGAAAGACCUGGAAGACCGACUACUGAAGGACAGAGAGCUUCAAAAUUGGCCAGUACAAAAGGCGCUACCAGCAGGACUACAGCCUCCAGACAUGACAAUCUUGCUGUUAGUACUUGCUCUAGGAGAAGUGUCAGCAAGGGCUUCCCCGGAAAAGCAACCGCUUGGUCAAUCCCAUUACAUGACUCUGGCACUUCCAUGGCUUGGAGUCACGGCGUUUAGUAAUGGCUCAACUAUCAAGGACUUGCAAGCACACUUGCUCUUAGCCAGUUAUCAGAUGUGGAUCCUGAGGCCGUGGAAAGCAUGGUGCUAUGUUGAGACAGCCGCAGCCAAGGCUGAGACAAUGUUGCUGAGGUACCCCGAUAUUCUUGAGCAGAAGCUUAGUCAUAGAGUAUUGUGGGCAACUGCAAAGAUGCAGCUGGAGCUAACCGAAGAGAUCUAUCCUCACCUUGGACUUUUGAAACCAGGCAGGCUCGGGCAACUGAUCCAAAGCACUCCGAUUCCCCCACCGCCGCCUCAGCCAUUUGAAUGGCCUAGUAUCGGCUCGCAGCUUGAUACGGAUACGUGGUAUUACUACCUGGCUGAGACUUCCAGCCGGAGAUUGGUCGAGCGUAUCAAGGCUGAGCUUUACAGCGAAGAAAUCAUCGGAAGUAGUAUAACAACCAGUUAUCCUUUGGCGUGCGAGUUUGAACGUCAGAUAAACGAAUGGAUGAGCUCGCUCCCAGCAGACCUACGAUUUGCAUCACAGCUUUCCUCCGAAUUCUCCCCAGGGACGAUUGAAACUCUGGAACAAUCAUUCAAGCACCGAAUGCGAAAGGUUCUAGUUGACAGACAAGGACAGCUGAUGAUGCUUGUGUUCCGCCCUUUUCUCGCGGCUCUCGCAGAUGCUCACUCUGACACAAACGAACCAGAUGCCCAUCCUGACGCUCUGUUAAAAGGAACGGCGAAAUAUCUUCACUACACAAUCAAAUUUCUCCACCAACAGUCAGAACAACCCGUUCGGCAUUACGGAUGCUGGCUUCUGGCACGGAACGUCUGGUCAGCUGCCGUAUCGCUCAUCGCGGCAUGUUAUCUGCCAAAUGUGAUUCAUCACAUGGAUUCCAGCGAGCCUGAGAUUCAGAAUUCCGAUAUUGCUAGCCCGAUGUCACAAGGAUCAGUCAUGCCUACCGUUUUUGGGGGAACUUUUUCUCGGUGUGCUCUGGACGCCUGUCAGCAUGCUUAUCAACAACUUCGGCUUUGGGAUAAGGAGAGUGCAAGCCUUUCGUAUUGCGCGGAUCAGCUAUGGGCGUUGAUUGUGGAUGCUCAGUGGCAUGAUCGUAGUGUCGUUGGGAACGAUAUUUCUGGUCAUGAGCAGACCUAG